GAUCAGCGCCAGCUUGAUCAGGAUCACGAGGCUCAGUGCAAGCAGCAGGAGGAGGCGAGUCGCCAGAGGCGAUUGUCCCUGCUCCGACGUUUGGCGAAACUUGCUGACCAAGCGGACGCCGACACGGAGGAGACCCGUACUGAGGAGCUGAAACCCAAGGCGACCACGUCCGACUGCCUCAGUCUGCUCACCGCUGGCGGCGUGCCGCUGUUAGCGGAGCUGGCGCAUGAGGCCAGCGCAGAUGGCCUUGAUCUUGAGGCUGCUGGCAGCAAGGCCGUUGCGCCUGAGCUUCAAAACGCGCAGGCAGUGGUUCGUCAGCUUCGGGAGCUUUUG